AUGGCGAAUCGACCACCUAUCAUGCCGCCUCACAAUGAGACCGAGCAUUCGAUCAGCCGGAUCACCCGCGAAGGGAAACAACUCACAUACAAGCUGAGUGUGAUGCAACAACCAGAGCGGGCAAGAGCAUGUGGUGCUGGAGCCAAGUCAUCUGCCGACCGUCGCCCUGUUGAUCCACCGCCUGUGGUAGAACUGCGCAUUUUCGAAUCCGAUCCUGCCAACGAUGCGCAAAAGACUGACAUCACCUUCGCCUAUAAUGCCAAUUUCUUCCUUUACGCAACGCUUGAUACCGCACGCCCUAUCGCUCACGGGCGGGUGGCUGGGCCUCCGUCGUGUCCUGUAUUAACAGGUGUACCAGUCGCCGGUGUCGCAUAUCUCGAUCGGCCCUCGCAAGCAGGCUAUUUCAUAUUUCCAGACCUGUCUGUACGCCAUGAGGGCCGGUACCGUUUGAGCUUUCAUUUGUACGAAGAAAUCAAGGACGCCAAAGAUGCCGAUAAGGAUUCAACUUUGCCUCUUCCCAACCAAAUUAAUCAUUCUGCCGCAUCCAAACCUGGCACACCACAAGCAUUCCUUCAUUUCCGUCUUGAGGUCAAGUCGGUACCGUUCACUGUUUACAGCGCUAAGAAGUUCCCUGGCCUAGCAACUAGCACUUCUUUGAGCCGUAUCAUUGCCGAGCAGGGUUGCCGUGUUCGCAUUCGUCGUGAUGUCCGUAUGAGGCGCCGGGGUGAGAAGCGGGACGAGGAUUAUGAAUUCGAUGGGGACCGCACAGCUGCAUAUACGAGACCAUCCGAUCGAUUUGGUACACCCGAUAGAUAUGCGGCUUCGAUGGAACGUCCUCGGUCAAACAGUAAUGGCAGCAAUAUGGAAUCGCCCUAUGGGUUUGUACCACCAGAUCGGCGACCAUCUGCCCCGGAUUAUGGCUUCCAGUGCCCACCGCAGCAGUAUCAAAGACCCAUGCCACCUGCACCGAUACCACACUCUCAAACACCUUCAUACCAAUCACAUCUUUCAUUUGGCUCCACUCCUUCGCAUUAUCCGGCUCCUCAUAUGCCGCCUACACCCCCACCGAUUGUACAGCAAGGCAUCUACUCUCCACAACACGUAUACUCUCAAAUACGACAUCCGUCCAAUGCCUCCGAAUACGAAGGAACACCUAUUGGGUAUCCCGUUCCUCAAAUCCCUGUCGACCGGGGUGGCUACCCCAAGUCUGGAAUGACAUCCUAUCGCAUGGAACCACCGAAAGCAACCCCAUACAUGGAUCCCCGCAUGAGUGACCCCGGUUUAUAUCCAACCAUGCCUCACGCUCCGAUUCAACGUUCUCAAACCCCGAACCUGAGCCAAUCCAUUCCGCCACUCAAAGCCAUGUCACACGAAUAUGCCAAUCAUAUCGUUCCUUCGGUGGAAUCCUCUUCGCCGGGCCCCAGUGGAUACGAUAACGUUCGAGGGAAGCGUAUGGUGUAUCAGACUGGGCCAGCGUACGGCAAACGGUCACAUGAAGAUUCUUUCGGUCUCGAUGAUCGUCCAAUGCAAAACGGCAUGCGGCCUGAUACCGAGGCUUAUCCGAGCGCGUAUCGCGAUUUCUCGGGUGAAAGUCGUGCAGCUCUAAUGGCUGAAAUGGGCAUUGAGAUGUCUUACAAGCGCGCCAAUGGCAAAAUGGUCAUGAAAGCUCCCCCGUCGAGCUAA